UCACGUUGGCUGCACUGCACCGGAUGAUGUCGAUAUGAGUAACACGACGGAAUGCACAUUGAGAUUAUGGUUAUGAGAGGACGGGGCUCGGGGCUGAUUUUUUUUAAACAGCGAAGUACCCUCUAAUUCCGAGUGAAUUUACGUUGAUUGUCGUAGCGGCGGUGGGGUCGACGAGGCAUUCGUGUUGGUUUUUCGAUUUAUUUAGAACGAUUUACGACAAUUUACGGGGAUUCAUCCGAGGAACACCGUGAUUGUUUUGCGUGAACAACGCAUGAUCAAACAAUCGACGUCGCACACAUGCAGAAAACAUUUACAUUGUAUUGAUGUUUAUAAUAUAAUAUAAUGGAGGUUGUGAAACAUUUGUGGAACGUCAAUCAAUUUAUGACGAAACUGAAGAGUCCACUUGUUACAGAUUUACAAAUAUUUUACAUGCAGAAAUGUAAAAAUCUCGGCAAUUGCGUAGAGCUACCACAGCAAAAUUUUGGGCCAUCAGUAAUGUGUUCGCAUUGUGGAUCACUUUGGAAUACAGUGGAUCAUCAGGUUCGUGUAGCAAGUAGCAGAAAAAUGUCUAGAUCGGUGAAAAAAAUUGUACGACAAAUGAAUGAAAAUCCAGAUCAAAAGAUUCCAAAAGCUCGUGCAAGUUUGGUACAGAAAUCUAUAAAAAAUGAGAUGAAUAAACUGGUCAUUAAAUGUUCUAUCUGUUCCAAGAACACCAAAUUGCCAUUCAAGAAGGAAAGCCGCUUAAAGCCGGUCAAAUUGAAUAAUUCUCAGAUGGAAACACCACAAAGUAAUCGUAAAAAGAAAAAGAAGAAAUCUAAGGAUAAAACUGCUGGUUUAAACAUCUCAGGUUGCAUGCCUAUAUCGCAUUUACGCAAGAAAAGCAAUGAGAGUAUAGUAUCUACUACAUCAUCGGUAGUAACAUCUAAAAUAAUAAAUAAAAAGUUAUUUAAUUCCUCUAAAAAAUCUAAAAAAUUGAAUGUAGCACGAUUAAAAAAUAUUAUGAAAAAUAAUACGUCUACAAAAAGAAAAAGUUUGCAUAAUUUUUUGACAGAAUUAUAUUGA